AUGGUGAUUGAUUCUGGGAAAGAGUCGAUGGCUUAUCAUGUUCAGCCUCAGGCGGACACUCCUAAAACACGGCAGUUGCCGGUCACUCUACUCUCUGGGUUUUUGGGAAGUGGAAAGACUACUCUGCUACAGCACAUUCUCAAAUCGCCAGAUCAUGGCAUGCGCAUCGCGGUCAUUGUCAAUGACAUGAGCCAGCUUAAUAUUGAUGCCGCUAUUAUCAGAAACCACAAGGUCUCUCAGACACAAGAGAAAUUGAUCCAGCUUCAAAAUGGAUGCAUCUGCUGCACGCUCCGCGGCGACCUGCUUUCCGAACUUGCCCAUCUUACCAAAUUGAAUGAGAUCCAGUAUGUCAUCAUUGAGAGUACGGGCAUCAGUGAGCCUAUGCAAGUUGCCGAGACCUUCACGGCGGAAUUUAGCGCUGCCAUGUUAGAGGCUGAAGAUCAGAUCGCGGACAACGAUGAGGACACAAAGAAACUCAUCAAUGAGAUUGUUGAGAUGGGUGGGUUACACACAAUGGCUCGUCUCGAUACCACAGUGACCGUUAUCGAUGCCUUCAACCUCCUCUCGAAUUUCGAUACCACUGAGUUCCUUUCCGACCGAUAUGGACGGAAUGAAAUCGUCCCAGAAGAUGAGCGAACAAUCUCCGAUCUCAUGGUUGAUCAGAUUGAAUUUGCCGAUGUCCUCAUCGUCAAUAAGAUCGAGACUAUAGAUCAACAAACUCGGGACAAGAUUAUGCAGUUGCUCAAGUUACUCAAUCCCGAUGCUAAGGUUUUGAUGUCCAGCUACUCCCAGGUCGAUGUGCGGGAACUUAUCGCGACUGGCAAGUUUGAUUUUGUCCGCGCUGCCUCGGGCGCUGGCUGGCUUCGCAGCUUACAUGAGAUGACCAUCCAGACCACCGGCAAUGGAGAUCGGUUGGCGCCUAAGCCAGAGACAUUGGAGUAUGGAAUAAACAACUUUGUCUACACGGCUCGUCGACCAUUUCAUCCUCGUCGAUUGUUCUCACUUCUUCAUGACAAGUUUAUCAUUCUUCAGAAUAACGAAGUGGAAGAUGAGGAAGAUGAAGACGAGGGCGAGGAGACAGACGAUGAGAUGGAAACCGAUGAAGAGUCACUUGAAGACUUCGAUCAACCCGAUCCUAAAGUCAUUUUGAGUAACAAACGCAAUCAUCCAGCCUUUGGUCCCGUCCUCCGCUCCAAGGGAUUCUUCUGGCUGCCGACCCGGCCCUAUCAAUUCGGCGAGUGGAGUCAAGCAGGUGGCAUGCUGACAGUUGGCUGUGGUGGUCCUUGGUUUGCUGAAGUAAGUGACGAGGCGUGGCCGGAAGACAAGGACGUGCGUGAGUCGAUCGAAAAUGAUUUUCAGGGUCAGUGGGGUGAUCGGCGGCAAGAGAUUGUCUUUAUCGGGGAGGGCAUCGAUCAGGCACGGAUCUCUGCCAUUUUGGAUGAAUGUCUGUUUGAUGACAAGGACAUGAAGCAGUGGGAGAAGGUCAUGAAGAACAAGAAACUUAGUCGGGAGGCUAAGUGUAAAAAGAUUGCUAAUAUUUGGGAGGAUGGAUGGGAGGAAUGGCCUGCUUUUGGGAUAGAAGAUGAAGAAGAGGUUGGGAAGCAUCGGAUCAGUGAGUAUCUUGGUCAUCAACAAAAUCAUAGUCAUAAGCAUAGACAUCGUUAG